ACUGGAGGCUCGGGGUGGCUCCCGUAAGUUUUUCCUUCCUCCUGAGCAAGGAAGGCGCCUUUCCACUUCCGCUGUCUGGCCGCCGGCCCCGCCCCCAGCCUCCCUCCCGCUGGGUCCUAGCGCCGGCCCCUCCUCGAGUGUCCCGGGCUCUGCCGGUGCUGGGCACCGCCGCCGAUGCUGCGGAGCCUGUGGAAGUCGCACCAGAGAAGGCCCACUCACCAAGGUCAUGGAAGAGGAGGCUACAGAGGCCAAGUCCCCAGGCCCCUGCUACAAGCGCUCUGGACGCCGUUUUAAGUGCCUGUUCUGUACAAAGACAUUUCCAAAUGCUCCCAGGGCAGCGCGCCAUGCUGCUACACAUACACCCGCAGACUGCACAGAGGAGGUGAAUGAGGUCCAGCCAAAGGUGGAUGCAGAGCCCAAGGCCGAGGAAGCCAGUGGAGACAAGGUGUCUGGUUCAGUAGCCAAACCCCGGCCCUAUGCCUGCCCACUGUGCCCCAAGGCCUACAAGACAGCUCCUGAGCUACGAAGCCAUGGGCGCAGCCACACUGGUGAGAAGCCCUUCCCGUGCCCAGAGUGUGGCCGCCGCUUCAUGCAGCCCGUGUGCCUGCGUGUGCACCUGGCUUCCCAUGCGGGUGAGCUGCCCUUCCGAUGUGCGCACUGCCCCAAGGCUUAUGGUACACUCUCUAAACUCAAGAUCCACCAACGUGGGCACACAGGUGAGCGGCCCUAUGCCUGUACCGACUGCGGCAAGAGCUUCGCUGACCCUUCAGUGUUCCGCAAGCAUCGGCGCACCCAUGCAGGCCUGCGACCCUACAGCUGCGAGCGCUGCGGCAAGGCCUACGCUGAGCUCAAGGACUUACGUAACCAUGAACGGUCCCACACAGGUGAGCGCCCCUUCCUCUGCUCUGAGUGCGGGAAAAGUUUCUCCCGAUCCUCUUCCCUCACAUGCCACCAGCGUAUCCAUGCGGCCCAGAAACCCUAUCGCUGUCCGGCUUGUGGUAAAGGCUUCACGCAGCUCAGCUCCUACCAAAGCCAUGAGCGCACGCAUUCGGGCGAGAAGCCCUUCCUAUGCCCUCGCUGUGGCCGCAUGUUCUCUGAUCCCUCAAGCUUCCGCCGCCACCAGCGGGCGCAUGAGGGCGUGAAGCCUUACCGCUGCGAGAAGUGCGGCAAGGACUUCCGGCAGCCAGCCGACCUGGCCAUGCAUCGGCGAGUGCACACCGGCGACCGCCCCUUCAAGUGCCUGCAGUGCGACAAGACUUUCGUGGCUUCCUGGGACCUCAAGCGGCAUGCAUUGGUGCACUCAGGACAGCGGCCAUUCCGCUGUGAGGAGUGUGGGCGAGCCUUUGCUGAGCGAGCUAGCCUUACCAAGCACAGCCGCAUGCACUCCGGCGAGCGUCCUUUCCACUGCAAUGCCUGCGGGAAAUCCUUUGUGGUGUUAUCCAGCCUCAGGAAGCAUGAGCGUACCCACAGAAGCAAUGAGGCUACAGGAGCUGCCCCCCAGCAGGAACUGGUACUGGGACUGGCGCUGCCUGUAGGUGUCGUGGGUGAGGGCACAGCCGCCCCCGUGGCAGGCGCAGGGCUAGGGGACCCUCCAGCUGGGCUGCUAGGGCUACCUGCAGAGUCUGGGGGUGUAGUAGCCACACAGUGGCAAGUGGUGGGCAUGACUGUGGAGCACGUGGAGUGCCAGGAUGCUGGCGUUGGGGAAGCUCCUGGUACCCUAGGAGAUGCAGGGGAGGUGGGGGGUGAGGAGCCUGAUGAGAAGCCUCCACAGUUUGUGUGUCGCGAGUGUAAGGAAACUUUCUCCACACUGACAUUGCUACGCAGGCACGAGCGCACACACCCAGAGCUCCGGCCCUUUCCCUGCACCCAGUGUGGUAAGAGCUUCUCAGACAGGGCUGGGCUUCGCAAACAUAGCCGCACCCACAGUUCUGUACGCCCCUACUCUUGUCCCCAGUGUCCUAAAGCUUUCUUGAGUGCCAGUGACCUGCGCAAACAUGAACGCACUCACCCUGCGCCCAUUGAAACCCCCAUACCCCUGGAGCCUCUUGUGGCUUUGCUAGGAAUGCCAGAAGAAGGGUCAGCUUGAAGCUGGUAGCUCUCUCUGCCACACUCCCAGAUGCCCGUUACCAGUUUCCACAUCCCUGCCACUGAGCAAUUGGCUCAGCUCUCAGUCCACUAAGAGCAGGGGACAGUGGAGGCCGGCAGCGCUUGUGAGAGACACUCAUUAAAGCAUUGGCUUUGACAGCAAGCCGUCUUCUGUAUUCUGGUUGAGUUAAACUUCAGUGGAGGUUCCAGAUUAAUACAAAUUAUAAGGGUCUUGGUGGUGGUUUCUUUUGUGACAGGCUCUCACGACUUAGCCUGAUCCAGAACUCACUGUAUAGCCCAGGCUCCCCUUGAACUCAACCAAUCCCCCUGCCUCAGCCUCCCAAGUACGAGGAUUCCAGGUGUUUACCACCACAAAUGGUUCCUAGAAGGGUCUUGCAAUUCAUUGUUUGCCAAAGUAUAUUUUGGGUUUCUUGUGAAAGAGCUUUCAGUAGUCAAUCAGGACAGGAGUGUGUCUGUGCCUCUUGAGAAUUCUUGCUGAUUAAAAGGUGUAUUGAAGUCCUGCAAUGAAAAACCUGUGUAGCUUUGCUUAGCCUACACUCAGGAUAAUGAAACCUUUACUGAGUGCUUCUAUCUGCUUAAGAUAGUAAGCUGGGCUUAAGCAAUCGGCUGGAGAAAUGGCUCCACUGCUAAAGGCUAAGGCUCACAGUAAAAAAGUACCCAGCUUGUCUCUCUAGCUACCUUUAAAAAAAAUUCUUCCCUGGGUGUGAGACAGCUAAAAAAAGAUGAUCUUUUCUGUUUAUCACAGUAACACAUUAGGAGACAUGCUUGGAGGAAAAAAAGAUCCCUCUUCACAUCAAAACCCAUGAACUACAAAGGAAUAAACCUCAUUUUAAAAGUGCUGGCUGGGCAUGGUGGUGCGCAUCUUUAAUCCCAGCACUCAGGAGGCAGAGUCAGGCGGGUCUCUGAGACCAGCCUGGUCUGCAUAGUGUGUUUCAGGAUAGCCAGGACUACAUAAUAAAAAAUGCUAAUAGGUAAGGGGAUCGCUGUGAGUUCAAGGCAAUCUUGGUCUCCAUCAGGAGUUGUAGGCCACAUGGUGACACAGGGUUUUAUCUUGGUGGAGGAGCACUUGCCUUCUGUGUGUGAGGUCCUGGGUUAUAUCCACAGCAUUAGGAGGAAGAAGUUGACUUUCCCAGUUUAAUCUUUAAAUUUACUGCCUGUGCAGCUAUGGCUAGCAUUAAAUUCACAGUGCAGCCCAAGCUGACCUGAAACUGGUACUCCCGCCUUAGCUCCCCAAGCAUAUGCCAUCACACCUGACUGUCUUUUGUUUGUAGGGGAAACAAAACCUAAGGGUUUCCCUAACCUGUGUGAUGCUAGCUGGUUGUCAGCGCAGUGAAACCAAACUUGGGAGCAGAUUAGUUUGUCAUUUCCCCAGAUUAGUGAGAUUUGUAUCAAACCUGGGGCUCUUUGCUGUCCAGACUCUGACCGGCCUGUGAAGUUCACAGCAAUCUUCCCAGGGCUGUGACCAUCAGUGUUUUCAAUAUGGUCAUAUGUCACUACCACAGCUAGAAAAUGAAGAUGACUUGGGCAUGUGGCUUGCUACCAGCCUGAUGUUUGCCUGUUUGGCAUUAUUGAUGGUUUUGGAAGCAUCCAGCAGCACAUUAGCUGUGCCAUUAUGGUGUACAGAAAGAGCCCAAAGGACUUUUCAGUCCCCAGUCUGAAAAUCCAAAGCUCAUGUGGAACAUGAUUAGCACUCGCCCUACCACUGAGCUACACCUCCAGCCCAUGAUAACUUAAAAAAACAAACAAACAAAAAACAGAGGUGAUUGAUGCUAAAAACCAAAGAAUUAGAGUAGAAAAUAUGUGAUUGGUACAAAAAUAAAAGUCAGCCAGUAGAGUGAGAAGAUCCGGAAGCAGCGUGAGUGUGUCUGUGAACUCACUGCAGUGCUGAUGUCCAGCCCUCUGUCGUCUUUAUUUUGAGACAAAGUUGACUAGACUUCCUCCUGCUGAGCAGCUGGUACAGACUUGUACCACCAAGCCCAACACAUUUAUCAUUCAUUCCUUUUUGUUUUGUUUUUUUUCAGACAGUUUUACUGUGUAGCCCAGGGUGGCCCUUGAGUGUUUGCACUCAGCAUCUAAAGUGCUGGGUUUACUGACAGCUUCUGUGAAUUUUUUAAUGAUAGAUGUGAUGUUCAUAUCACUGGGGAAAAGAUAGAGUAGUCCAUAGCUUCCCUGAAAAAUGUCUGGAUGAGACCACGAAUUUUAUCUCCAUCAUCAUGUGAGCAUACUUGCAUGCAUGAACACACACACAGGGAAGAUACCCAGGACAUGGGUUAUUCAGGUGUAGCCCAUAUGCCUGUAAUCCCAGCACAGGGAAGGUGGAAGCAGGAGAUCAGGAUUUGAAUGCCAGCCGUGGCUACAUGGCUGAUUUGGAGGGGUCUCAAGUAAAAUGAGACUGUGUUUCAAAUCAAAACAAUAAUAAUUUAAAGCAAAAAGCCUGUUACACAGAGAAACCCUAUCCCAAAAAACAAAACCCAAAAAAAGAAAAAAAAACAGGGUGAGGCUAAAAUUUGCAGACAGAAUUUUGGAGCAUGGAGGGACAGAAGCCAUUAGCAUGCUCUCCUUAGGGUCAGGUUACAUACGUCCUCAGAUUCUCAUGGAAUGCAUCUUUUAAAAAACUUUAUAGUUAGACAGGCAGUGGUGGCAUACACCUUUAAUCCCAGCACUUGGGAAACAGGCUGGCAAGAUGUCUGAGUUCGAGGCCAGCCUGGUCUACAGAGUGAGUUCCAGGACAACCAGGGCUACACAGAGGAACCCUGUCUCUAACCCCCCCCAAAAGUGUGUAGGCACGUGUACCACAGUGCACAUAUGGAGUCAGAGGACAGCUUGGGAGUCAGUUUUCCACCAUUUGGGACCUAGGGAUGGCAGCAAGCUCCUUUACAUGCUGAGCCACCUUGCCCACCUAGCAGGCUUCUGAAGAAGAUUCUAGGUCAUACAUUAUAGCACCCCCUUUCCAUUGUAGCUGUAGCCCUAAGUGAGCCAAAACUCCCUUCCUAAGCUCUUUCUUUUCUUUUCCUCCUCUUUGAGACAGAAUCUUGCUAUACAGCCCCCUCCUCUCUCAUCUCCCUGUGUUAGCCCAGACUAGCCUUGAGCUUGAAGUGAUUCUCUUGCCUCAGCGUUCUAAAGGCUGAGACUACAGCCGUGUCCCAUCAGACUGGGAUUCUGUGCUCUUGUGAGAGCUGAGAACCACCACGUUGGCAGUAUUGGGAAGCUCACCUGCAAGCUCACAUGCUAGUCAUGGGGGACAUUACAGCGAGCAGCCGUAGUUCAGGAAUGGUAAACCAGGUAGUGAGCCCCAGGAGACAGAGAGUCUUAAUGGCAGAGAAAGCAGAAAGUAGUGUUUAGAGGGAAAUCUUUUGGGUUCAUGAGAUGGCCCAACCAGUAAAAUGCAUUUGCCACCAAGUUUGACAACCCAAGUUCUAUAGCCAAGAACCAAAUGUGAAAGGGGAGAACUGGUUCUUAGAUGUCCUCUGACCUCCCACAAGGAACAUGGUACAUGCACACACACACACACACACACA